AUGCUUAACCUUAAUGAUAAUGGAGUAAGGGAAGAAGAAGAGGAAACGAUUUCGCUGAGCGAUUUUCCGGCAAACGGCGAUGAAUCGGGAGAGAGCAUUGAAUCGCGGAUCGGCAGUCGAUCGUCGUCUGAGGUUUUUGAGUUCCUUAGCGAUUUAACGUGCGAGAUGUCCCACGCGGACGACAUAAUCUUCUGCGGAAAACUCGUGCCGUUGAGAGACCGUCCUGUUUCCGCAAUCCACGGCGAGAAAUUCUUCGCCGGAGACGGUUUCAGUCACCGGAGAUGCGAGUCCUUGUCGGAGCUAGGGAGCACUCCUCGAACGAAUAGCGGUAAGAGCGAGAGAGGUCGAGGUCACGUGAGGAGCAGCCGGUCUCUGGAUUCUGGAAAGUUCCGGUCUGGAUCAUCCUCGGAGGCGGCGAAAGGGGAGAGUCCGAGGUUAAAGAUACAGAAGCCGAGGUGGUUCGUUCUGAUGUUUGGAAAUGUAAAGUUGCCGCGGGAAAUGGAGCUUAGAGAUAUUAAGAACCGGCAGGUCCCGCUAUGCCGGAUGUUUCCGUCGCCGGAGUCGUGCAGUAGUGCUUCUCCGGUGAGGCGCAGUCACCGGAGAAGCUCUUGGGAUUUGUUAAAGGUUUUGAGCUGCAAUGAUCCUGCGAGUGUUGCUGUGACGACGUCGUUUCGCUGCAUGUCACAAGCAUGA